AAUAUUACUAUUUACUAACGCCAUGUUCAUAGUUCAAAAUUAAUUCUUAUUUCUCAUUACUUCUUAGUUUAUUACUUACGCUUCUAUAUUAUGAUACCACAUACUAAUCUGUUUAUAACUAUUUAAACUUUGAACUCCCGAAGACUAUCACUGAACACUGUAUGAACAAUAGAAUACUGCCAAAGCUAUUCAAAGAUGUCAAAUCCAGGAAUACUUUUCGAUAAAAACAUGCUAGAGCGUAAUGAAAAUCAAGAUAAGGAUAUUGUGACAAUUGUGGACGAGUGUGAUAGAUGUACUAAAGUUGGAUUUUUACCUGAAGUAGAAGCUUCUUAUUUGGGGCUCUUGAUUCAUGUUAUGGAUCUUACUUCACUCAAUUCCACAGACAAUCAUAAAAAUAUUGAAGCUCUUGUAGACAAGGCUCUAUAUUAUACCAAAAAAAUGUUAAAAACUGAUAUUGAAAGUAUGGCAUCCAAUCAUUCUUGUGAAAUUUAUAACUACUUCACUACCAGUACAUUGACUCCUCAAACGGUUUGUGUAUCUUCUGUGCGUGUAUCUGAUGCUGUACAAAUCAUAAAUUGUCUAAAUGAACACAUAGAUAUUGCUUCUGUUGCCGGAGGAUUUCCGAUGGGCCAAGUACCCUUGAGUUGUCGAAUAACUGAAGUGGAAUAUGCAAUUUCACAGGGAGCAGCAGAAAUAGAUAUUGUAAUUGAUCGUGGUCUUGCAAAUAUUGGUGAUUUUAAUAGAUUAUAUCAUGAUUUACGUUCCAUMAAAAGUUUGUGUGUUAAUGGUGAUGUUACAUUGAAAACAAUUCUGUCUGUUACUGAAUUGGAUUCUUAUCAUACCGUGUAUAAAAUGGCUAUGACAGCUAUGAUGGCUGGAUCAGACUUUAUUAAAACAUCUACUGGUAUGAAUUAUAAAUAUAUAAUAAUAUACAAUUACAUAAGAUUAAUUAUAAGCUAUUCACAGGCAGUCAUUGUAGAUUGGUUUUCUCUUUUUUAUUCAUGCACAACAUAGCAAAUUUGCAAUCGACAAACCCCAAUUUUAUGUUGUUAGCUUUCAUAUUGUUGCGAGUUCACCUAUUAUCAACAUUAAAGUUAUGAAACAUAAAGGGUAUAAAUGUAUAAUACAUKUAGGUAUAAUAUAUUAAUAUUAAGAAAAAAGAUUUAUAUACAGGGUGAUUUUUUUAUCAUGAACCACUCAUUAUUUCAAAAAGUAUCAAUGUUUUUGAAAAUAUUUUUUUGUCACAUCUGCACCGAAAGUUUGGUUUUCGACCAYGGUUGAAGCAUUCAAAAGUGUCCUUUUYCCAUCCAGCGGGCGGUAAAGUGGAAAUCCCCAAAGUGCCGGGCGGAAAAGAGGAAAUCCCCAAAAGUGCUGGGCGGAAAAGAGGAAAUCCCCAAAAGUGCCGGGCGGAAAAGAAGAAAUCCCCAAAAGUGCCGGCUGCCGGAUGCG